GGCAUGAAGAAGAGCUUAUGUGAUGGAGUGGCCUCAGAGACAACGCAAAAAAGACAGGAACAUUUUCAAGGGUCGUGGAUGUAAACAACGGUAUCGGAUAGUGCUGGGAUCCAUGCACAGCCUCAAUAUCCAUAAGAUGCGGUAUAUUUUGAAGUCACUUGCGCUUAUAGUUAUAAUUUUAAUCUUCGGUUACAUUUUUGUGACGUCGGUUUCCGAAGACUCGAUUGUUGGCGGCCAUUUAAACUACUUCAGACCUGUGUCAUACAUUCCCAUGGAUCCACCUUAUCCACACAUGGAAUCAAAUACGAAACAGACAAAACAGACUAAUGACCAAUCAGGUCAAAGUUCCAAAACCAACUUGACAUAUCCGUCCAAAAGCAUCGUUUGCCCUCCUAUCCCGCCUUCAUUAGUGGGUAAACUGAAGGUCAACGAAGUUGUUCACAAAAUGGACUCCAUUGAAGCUUCAGUGGGGUCGGAAAUGUCAAUAGGGGGCAAGUAUUCUCCCCGUGAAUGCAUGGCCCGUCAUAAAGUUGCGAUAGUGUUGCCAUAUCGCAAUCGGAAAGCUCAAUUGGCCCUUUUCUUGGAACACAUGCAUCCAAUACUGAAACGACAGCAACUGGAUUACGGCAUUUAUGUAGUGAACCAAGCGGAUUCGAAUGAGUUCAACCGUGCCAUGCUGUUCAAUGUGGGCUUUGUUGAGGCUCUGAAAGAGGCCAAUUGGGAUUGCUUCAUCUUUCACGAUGUGGAUCUUUUACCAGAGGACGACAGAAAUCUCUAUACAUGUCCCGACACUCCUCGGCACAUGUCAGUAGCUGUGAACACCUUGAAGUAUAAACUACCAUAUGCCGGCAUUUUUGGUGGAGUAGUAGCCCUAACGAAGUCCCACAUUUUGACACUAAACGGGUUUUCCAACCAGUUCUGGGGUUGGGGAGGCGAGGACGAUGACAUGGCAAAUCGAGUUGCUCAUUACAAAAUGACCGUAUCUAGAUACAAGCCCGCAAUCGCCAGGUACACGAUGGCCAAGCAUAAAAAAGAGAAACCAAGUGAGCAACGAUUGAAGGUUCUCAAGGACGGCCAUAAGUAUUUCAACACUGAUGGGCUCAACAAUCUUCAAUACGAUUUGGUGUCCAAAAAGCAGUUUCUCUUGUACACAAGUAUCUCUGUGGCGCUCAAACAUGUCCAGCCAUU